AAGUGACUAUAAAAGCGGCAGCUCCGGCUGACGACCGGAGAGCUGGCGCGCAAGCAGAGCCCAGCGCGGUGCAAACGGACCGAGCCUGGCGAGCGCAAGCGGCGCGAGGAGCCAGCGGAGCUGAGUGCGGCCAGGAUCUGAACCCCGAUUUCCCAGACGAGCUACCACUUCGCUUGCCCACGCCCCGGGUGCUCGCGGCGCCUGGCGAUCAGCGACCAGACGCCCGGGGCCGCUGCGCUCCUGGCCCGCGAGGCUUGACACUGUCUCGGCCACCGACCCAGAGGGAGCACGCUGCCAGGAUGGGAGCUGCUGGGAGGCAGGACUUCUCCUUCAAGGCUAUGCUGACAAUCAGCUGGCUUACACUGACCUGCUUCCCUGGGGCCACAUCCACAGUGGCUGCUGGGUGCCCUGACCAGAGCCCUGAGUUGCAACCCUGGAACCCUGGCCAUGACCAAGACAACCAUGUGCAUAUCAGCCAGGGCAAGACACUGCUGCUCACCUCUUCUGCCACAGUCUAUUCCAUCCACAUCUCAGAGGGAGGCAAGCUAGUCAUUAAAGACCACAAUGAGCCAAUUGUUUUGCGAACCCGGCACAUCCUGAUUGACAACGGAGGAGAGCUGCAUGCUGGGAGUGCCCUCUGCCCUUUCCAGGGCAAUUUCACCAUCAUUUUGUAUGGAAGGGCUGAUGAAGGUAUUCAGCCAGAUCCUUACUAUGGUCUGAAAUACAUUGGGGUCGGUAGAGGAGGCACUCUUGAGUUGCAUGGACAGAAAAAGCUCUCCUGGACAUUUCUGAACAAGACCCUUCACCCAGGUGGCAUGGCAGAAGGAGGCUAUUUUUUUGAAAGAAGCUGGGGCCACCGUGGAGUUAUUGUUCACGUCAUCGACCCCAAAUCAGGCACAGUCAUCCAUUCUGACCGGUUUGACACCUAUAGAUCCAAGAAAGAGAGUGAACGUCUGGUCCAGUAUUUGAACGCGGUGCCCGAUGGCAGGAUCCUUUCUGUUGCAGUGAAUGAUGAAGGUUCUCGAAAUCUGGAUGACAUGGCCAGGAAGGCAAUGACCAAAUUGGGAAGCAAACACUUCCUGCACCUUGGAUUUAGACACCCUUGGAGUUUUCUAACUGUGAAAGGAAAUCCAUCUUCUUCAGUGGAAGACCAUAUUGAAUAUCAUGGACAUCGAGGCUCUGCUGCUGCCCGGGUAUUCAAAUUGUUCCAGACCGAGCAUGGAGAAUAUUUCAAUGUUUCUUUGUCCAGCGAGUGGGUUCAAGAUGUGGAGUGGACGGAGUGGUUCGAUCAUGAUAAAGCAUCUCAGACUAAAGGUGGGGAUAAAAUUUCAGACCUCUGGAAAGCUCACCCAGGAAAAAUCUGCAAUCGUCCCAUUGAUAUACAGGCCACUACAAUGGAUGGAGUUAACCUCAGCACCGAGGUUGUCUACAAAAAAGGCCAGGAUUAUAGGUUUGCUUGCUAUGACCGGGGCAGAGCCUGCCGGAGCUACCGUGUACGGUUCCUCUGUGGGAAGCCUGUGAGGCCCAAACUCACAGUCACCAUUGACACCAAUGUGAACAGCACCAUUCUGAACCUGGAGGAUAAUGUACAGUCAUGGAAGCCUGGAGAUACCUUGGUCAUUGCCAGUACUGAUUACUCCAUGUACCAGGCAGAAGAGUUCCAGGUUCUUCCCUGCAGAUCCUGCGCUCCCAACCAGGUCAAAGUGGCAGGGAAACCAAUGUACCUGCACAUCGGGGAGGAGAUAGAUGGCGUGGACAUGCGGGCAGAGGUUGGGCUUCUGAGCCGGAACAUAAUAGUGAUGGGGGAGAUGGAGGACAAAUGCUACCCCUACAGAAACCACAUCUGCAAUUUCUUUGACUUCGAUACCUUUGGGGGCCACAUCAAGUUUGCUCUGGGAUUUAAGGCAGCACACCUGGAGGGCAUGGAGCUGAAGCAUAUGGGACAGCAGCUGAUUGGUCAGUACCCGAUUCACUUCCAUCUGGCCGGUGAUGUAGAUGAAAGGGGAGGCUAUAACCCACCCACAUACAUCAGGGACCUCUCCAUCCAUCAUACAUUCUCUCGCUGCGUCACAGUCCAUGGCUCCAAUGGCUUGUUGACCAAGGACGUUGUGGGCUAUAACUCUUUGGGCCACUGCUUCUUCACGGAAGAUGGGCCAGAGGAACGCAACACUUUUGACCACUGUCUUGGCCUCCUUGUCAAGUCCGGAACCCUCCUCCCCUCAGACCGUGACAGCAAGAUGUGCAAGAUGAUCACAGAGGACUCCUAUCCGGGGUACAUCCCCAAGCCCAGGCAAGAGUGCAAUGCUGUGUCCACCUUCUGGAUGGCCAAUCCCAACAACAACCUCAUAAACUGUGCUGCUGCAGGAUCUGAGGAAACUGGAUUUUGGUUUAUUUUUCACCACGUACCAACGGGCCCCUCUGUGGGAAUGUACUCCCCAGGUUAUUCAGAGCACAUUCCACUGGGAAAAUUCUAUAACAACCGAGCACAUUCCAACUACCGGGCUGGCAUGAUCAUAGACAACGGAGUCAAAACCACUGAGGCCUCUGCCAAGGACAAGCGGCCCUUCCUCUCGAUCAUCUCUGCCAGAUAUAGCCCUCACCAGGAUGCUGACCCGCUGAAGCCUCGGGAGCCAGCCAUCAUCAAGCACUUCAUUGCCUACAAGAACCAGGACCACGGGGCCUGGCUGCGCGGUGGGGAUGUGUGGCUGGACAGCUGCCGGUUUGCUGACAAUGGCAUCGGCCUAACCCUGGCCAGUGGUGGAACUUUCCCGUAUGAUGACGGCUCCAAGCAAGAGAUAAAGAACAGCUUGUUUGUUGGCGAGAGCGGCAACGUGGGGACAGAAAUGAUGGACAAUAGGAUCUGGGGCCCCGGUGGCUUGGACCAUAGUGGAAGGACCCUCCCUAUAGGCCAGAAUUUUCCGAUUAGAGGAAUUCAGUUCUAUGAUGGCCCCAUCAACAUCCAAAACUGCACUUUCCGAAAGUUUGUGGCCCUGGAGGGCCGGCACACCAGCGCCCUGGCCUUCCGCCUGAAUAAUGCCUGGCAGAGCUGCCCCCAUAACAACGUGACCGGCAUUGCCUUUGAGGACGUUCCGAUUACUUCCAGAGUGUUCUUCGGAGAGCCUGGGCCCUGGUUCAACCAGCUGGACAUGGAUGGGGAUAAGACAUCUGUGUUCCAUGACGUCGAUGGUUCCGUGUCCGAGUACCCUGGCUCCUACCUCACGAAGGAUGACAAUUGGCUGGUCCGGCACCCAGACUGCAUCAAUGUUCCCGACUGGAGAGGGGCCAUUUGCAGUGGGCGCUAUGCACAGAUGUACAUUCAAGCCUACAAGACCAGUAACCUGCGAAUGAAGAUCAUCAAGAAUGACUUCCCCAGCCACCCUCUCUACCUGGAGGGGGCACUCACCAGGAGCACCCAUUACCAGCAGUACCAGCCGGUUGUCACCCUGCAGAAGGGCUACACCAUCCACUGGGACCAGACGGCCCCCGCCGAACUCGCCAUCUGGCUCAUCAACUUCAACAAGGGCGACUGGAUCCGAGUGGGGCUCUGCUACCCGAGAGGCACCACCUUCUCCAUCCUCUCAGAUGUUCACAAUCGCCUGUUGAAGCAAACGUCCAAGACAGGUGUCUUUGUGAGGACCUUGCAGAUGGACAAAGUGGAGCAGAGCUAUCCUGGCAGGAGCCACUACUACUGGGACGAAGACUCAGGGCUGUUGUUCCUGAAGCUGAAAGCUCAGAACGAGAGAGAGAAGUUUGCUUUCUGCUCCAUGAAAGGCUGUGAGAGGAUAAAGAUUAAAGCUCUGAUCCCAAAGAACGCAGGCGUCAGUGACUGCACAGCCACAGCCUACCCCAAGUUCACCGAGAGGGCUGUCGUGGACGUGCCAAUGCCCAAGAAGCUCCUUGGUUCUCAGCUGAAAACAAAGGACCAUUUCUUGGAGGUGAAGAUGGAGAGUUCCAAGCAGCACUUCUUCCACCUUUGGAACGACUUUGCUUACAUUGAAGUGGAUGGGAAGAAGUAUCCCAGCUCGGAGGAUGGCAUCCAGGUGGUGGUGAUUGACGGGAGCCAAGGGCGCAUGGUGAGCCACAUGAGCUUCAGGAACUCCAUUCUGCAGGGCAUACCGUGGCAGCUUUUCAACUAUGUGGCGACCAUCCCUGACAAUUCCAUAGUGCUCAUGGCAUCAAAGGGAAGAUAUGUCUCCAGAGGCCCAUGGACCAGAGUGCUGGAAAAGCUUGGGGCAGACAGGGGUCUCAAGUUGAAAGAGCAAAUGGCAUUCGUUGGCUUCAAAGGCAGCUUCCGGCCCAUCUGGGUGACUCUGGACACUGGGGAUCACAAAGCCAAAAUCUUCCAAGUUGUGCCUAUCCCUGUGGUGAAGAAGAAGAAGUUGUGAGGACAGCUGCCGCCUGGUGCCACCUCGUGGUAGACUAUGACGGUGACUCUUGGCAGCAGACCAGUGGGGGAUGGCUGGGUCCCCCCGUCCCUGCCAGCAGCUGCCUGGGAAGGCCGUGUUUCAGCCCUGAUGGGCCAAGGGAAAGAUAUCAGAGACCCUGGUGCUGCCGCCUGCCCCUACUCAAGUGUCUACCUGGAGCCCCUGGGGCGGUGCUGGCCAAUGCUGGAAACAUUCACUUUCCUGCAGCCUCCUGGGUGCUUCUCUCCUAUCUGUGCCUCUUCAGUGGGGAUUUGGGGACCAUAUCAGGAGACCUGGGUUGUGCUGACAGCAAAGAUCCACUUUGGCAGGAGCCCUGACCCAGUUAGGAGGUAGCCUGGAGGGCUGGUCAUUCACAGAUCCCCAUGGUCUUCAGCAGACAAGUGAGGGUGGUAAAUGUAGGAAAAAGAGCCUUGGCCUUAAAGAAAUCUUUACUCCGGUAAGCAAGAGCCAGCGUGACAGGAUUAGGAGCUGGGGUGGAACUGGCUACCCUUGGGGAAGAGGCAAGCCCUGCCUCUGGCCGUGUCCACCUUUCAGGAGACUUCGGGCAGCAGGCUGGGACUUGGACUAGAUGACUCUCAAAGGCCCUUUUUGUUCUGAGAUUCCAGAAGUCUGCUGCAUUUCACAUGGUACCUGGAACCCAACAGUGGAGGAAAACAUUCCUUUCCACUGAUAUCCAUGAUGCUCGGUGCCCAGGGCACACGGGAUGGAGAGGUGAGAACUAACGCCUAGCUCGAGGGGCCCGCAGUCCAAUGGGACAGGCAGUCAGGUCCAUGUGCACUGCAAUGCCAGGCAGAGAAAUCACAGAGAGGUAAAAUGGAGAACAGUGCCAUUUCAGAGGGGAGGCUCAGCAAGGCUUCUUGCUUGCAAGAAUGAAGGCUGGGGGCAUUUGCUGGGGGGAGAUGAGGCAGUCUCUGGAAUGGCUCAGGGAUUCAGCCCUCCCUGCCGCUGCCUGCUGAAGCUGGUGACUGCAGGGUCGCCCUUUGCCCAUGCCUCUCUGGCCCACUCAUGAAGUGUGGUCAGAAGGGAGCAAUGGGCUUUGCUGCUUAUGAGCACAGAGGAAUUUGGUGUCCAGGCAGCCCCACCUCUGACUCUGAGAGGGUGGAGUGAAGUCCACAGAAGUGAGUUCCUGCCUUGGGGCCUCAUUUGCUCUUCAUCCAGGGAACUGAGCACGGGGGCCUCCCAGAGACUCUAGAUGUGCUCACACUCCCUUGGUCUGGGAUUUCCGAGCUGGAAAUACAGAACAUAUCUAGUCCAAAGCCUUCAUUUUAACAGAUGGGGAAAAUGAGCCCCCAAGAUGGGAAAGAACCACAUAGCCAGGGGAGGGCCCGGGGAGCCCCACCCUAGCCCUUGCUGCCACACCACAUUGCCUCAACAACUGGCCCCUGAGUGCCCAGGCACUCCUGAAGUAGCUUCUGGAAAUGGGGACAAGUCCCCUCGAAGGAAAGGAAAUGACUAGAGUAGAAUGACAGCUAGCCACUCUCUUCCCUCCUGCUCCCAGCGCACACAAACCCGCCCUCCCCUUCGUGUUGGCGGUCCCUGUGGCCUUCACUUUGUUCACUACCUGUCAGCCCAGCCUGGGUGCACAGUAGAUGCCAACUCCCCAUUGGUGCUACCUAGCUCUCCUGUCUCUGCAGCUCUACAGGUGAGGCCCAGCAGAGGGAGUAGGGCCUGCCAUGUUUCUGGUGAGCCAUUUUGACUGACCUUGGGUGUCUGAACAGCUAUUGGGUCCACCCCAGUCCCUUUCAGCUGCUGCUUAAUGACCUGCUCUCUCCCUGGCCUACCUUAGAGAGAGCCCAAAGAGCUCCUAUAAGAGGGAGAACUCUAUCUGUGGUUUAUAAUCUCACACGAGGCACUGGGGUCUCCCUGGGUCUUGUGAUGAACUACGUUUAUCCCCUUUCCUGCCCCAACCACAAACUUUCCUUCAAAGAGGGCCUGCCUGGCUCCCUCCACCCAACUGCACCCAUGAGACUCGGUCCAAGAGUCCAUUCCCCAGGUGGGAGUCAACUGCCAGGGAGGUCUUUCCCACCAAACAUCUUUCAGCUGCUGGGAGGUGACCAUAGGGCUCUGCUUUUAAAGAUAUGGCUGCUUCAAAGGCCAGACUCACAGGAAGGACCUCUUCCAGGGAGAUUAGCGGUGAUGGAAAGGAGAGUUAAAAUGACCUCAUGUCCUUCUUGUCCACGGUUUUGUUGAGUUUUCACUCUUUUAAUGCAAGGGUCUCACACUGUGAACCACUUAGGAUGUGAUCACUUUCAGGUGGCCAGGAAUGUUGAAUGUCUUUGGCUCAGUUCAUUUAAAAAAGAUAUCUAUUUGAAAGUUCUCAGAGUUGUACAUAUGUUUCACCAUACAGGAUCUGUACCUAAAACUUUCUUUCCUAAACCAUUCACCAAGAGCCAAUAUCUAGGCAUUUUCUUGGUAGCACAAAUUUUCUUAUUGCUUAGGAAAUUGUCCUCCUUAUUAUUUCUGUGUGUAAGACUUAAGUGAGUUCGGUCUUUAAGGAAAGCAACGCUCCUCUGAAAUGCUUGUCUUUUUUCUGUUGCCGAAACAGCUGGUCCUUUUUCGGGAGUUAGAUGUAUAGAGUGUUUGUAUGUAAACAUUUCUUGUAGGCAUCACCAUGAACAAAGAUAUAUUUUCUAUUUAUUUAUUAUAUGUGCACUUCAAGAAGUCACUGUCAGAGAAAUAAAGAACUGUCUUAAAUGUCAUGAUUGGAGAUGUCCUUUGCAUUGCUUGGAAGGGGUGUACCUAGAGCCGUGGACAUUGGCUCUGGUCUGGAAAAUUUUGCUGUAUUAUAGUAAACAUACAAAGGAUGUCA